UGAUCAUUCUAUUUUCAAUAUGGCGGACGAAAGAAGGCGAAAAAAGCAAAAGAAAACCGAAAUUUCGGUAUUAAACAAUGAAGAUGUUGGUCAACCAAGUCCAGGUAUAUUUAUUUAUCCUAACCAUAUGUGUUUUCCUUUUCUAUUGAUGUUUUGCUCCAGCAUAUGAAUUUAAAAAUAGCCUAAAUGUGCAUCUUAUUAAUAUUUCCAUAUAUUUUUGGAAAUAUAAAAAUACUAUUUAAUAAUAAUCCUGUUUCGCUCGCUACUCUGGUUUAAAUAAAUGAUUACAAAGCCCAGUCGAAUUGUAAACGUUUCGACACUCCAGUCUAGUGUUUUCAUCAGAGGUGAUCUAAAGAUGCGAUCGUGGCUUCUUUUAUGGAUCUCAUCACCCCUGAUGUCCAAGACACUAGACUGGAGUGUCGUUGGGUCUUGAUUACAAUUCGACUGGGCUUUGUGAUCAUUUAUUUAAACCAGAGUAGCGAGCGAAACAUGAUUGAUAUACCUGGUUGCAGUGAACGAACAAACUCUAAAACUAUUAAAUAAGUUCUUUGUAGGUUUGCAUUGCGAUAAAACACAUAUUAAUACUUUUGUUUGUGGAAACACCACGUAAAUUUAUUACUGCAAAGCUUUCGAUCCGUAAGCCUGGAUCUUCAUCAGUGCUAAUAUUAAUAAGCAGACUAUAAGCUUAAAAGCUUUGCAGUAUUAAAUUUACGUGGUGUUUCCACAAACAAAAGUAUUAUAAUAUAAAUACUGUCUGUAUAUAUGAUAUAUAUGUAUUAUACUUGAGUAGGCAUGGAGGUAAAUGGUAAUAUUAUUGAUGUAGGUUCUCAGCAAUGGGAUAAAACCUAGUGGACAUUAUACAGCAAACUUUAAUACCGCUACAUUACCAUGGGUCAUGUUCAGGAUAUUCAAGUUGCCAUGCAAAACAUCAAAUGAUUUUAAAAUUGACGGUUUUAUCUUAACUCACCUGGCCAACCAGCUGCCAGUUCAGGCUAGCUUUGAAAAUGCCAACCAUGACUUAACUUAGGGCAAGAGUUUCUGAAUAUAUUUAUUUUAUUAUGAUGAUCGAAAAUUGCACAAUUAUAGAAUACCUGGCUAUUGAAAAAGGCUUGUGAUUAUGUGACCACAUGUGGCCUCAUGUGUUUCAUGUGAUUACAUUUUGUUGUACUGAAUAUAGGGUCAGGCAUUAAAAUUGUAAAUUUUUUUAUUACUAGAAUGUACUAUUUUUACCAUUUUAAGAGAACCACAUUUAAGCUAUGUCAGAUACAACAUACAAAGAGACCGGAGUGUAGAGUUGGAAGUUUUCAACGAGAUCUCGGGGGCGAAAAAGCUAAAAAUCUAGGGGUAGGGACACAAAACAGUUUCCAAGGGCACAUCAAGAGACAGCUAGGGGCACAAAAGUGGCCAAAUACAGUAGAUAUUAAACACAAUAAAAUUUAGAGAUCUGGGGUAGAUUUGAGUUUAAAUUAUUUAUACCAAGCUCUUUUCAGGGGUACUAAAACUUUUUCCUAAAAAAUCUCAGGGGGCAACUCUGACCAACUGUCCAGUCUGGCAAAGAGAAUAGAGUUUAUUAACCCAAUUGUUAAGAGUUUAUUAACCCAUUGUGGGAAGGCAAUGUAAUGUUGGUGGGCCGUGGCAACAUUUUAAGGCCACAUUUUGUUUUACAGAGGGUGCUCUUUCAUUAACAGUUUUAUUCCGAAUUGUGCCUCCAAAUAAGUACGGAACAGGAAAUGCAUUUUUCAAUUUAAUAGAAAAUAAACUAUAAUCACAACUCACUGUUUUUCAAAAUCCCAAUUCACACUCUCAACAUUUUCACUCCCCCCCCCUGUUUUCUCACACAUGUUCCGCAAUUCCCUACAAACUCUAAAUAUCCAUUGUUGUCCUCCAAAAUACAUUAAAUGCCUGAACCAAAAUAACAUCGAUUUCCAACCCUCCCCCCCCCCAUGUGACUCAGAAGGAGUAACAUGUUAUUGCAGAAAACCCCAAUGUCUCAAUGUUUAAUUGUCACUCGUCCACCUGAUCCAGUUCAAACAGUUCCUUAUUCUUUGCUUAAUCUGCUCUUUUCCCACGCCGCAUUCCAGUUCCAAGGGAUAAAUCAGUUGAAUCGGUCUUUCUACAGUUGAUUUAGCGCAUUGAAGCUUAACUCCCCUGACAACGUUAUCUUUCUCACGAAUUAACUUCGUAACCUUUCCCAUUUUCCACUUGUUUCUGUCCUUCUCUUCGCCUUUAAUCAACACAAUAUCUCCUUCCUUGGGACAAACUGCAGUUGACUUGAUGUUGGUCUGAUGACGCUGCCGUAAACUCGUUAGGUACUCUCUUUGCCAUAUAUGGUUCUUUACGCUUUAUAAGUACCAAGCUUGCCCUUUUCCGUAGAUCACCGCCCUCAAUAUGAUAACAUUCUAUCUCUGGCACAACAUUCGACUGUUGCAACACAAACGAAUUUGGUGUAAUUGUUCAAAUUGUCCGCCCCACCAGGACGCACGUGACAAAUUUAAUCUCCACUUGAUCUCGUACUUGCUCAGUUCACUGUGGAAUUUCUCAUCUUUCAUCACCUUGUUUAACCAUGACGCAGCCGCUUGGAACUUCUUCGUAUUGUACGAGUAGAUAAGACUUCGAACAAAAGGGGUUGUUUCAAAACUCUUCAGAACUUCUAGGUAAACUCCUGGAAUCAAACUACAUGUAAAUAGGACUAAGUACACUUUCCCUUCUUGGGUUUUCUUAACUCUAUACAUGAUUGGGCCGGCGAAAUCGACUCCAAUAACUUUAUAAGGAAUAGUUCUUUCCGUUCGCGUUGUUGGUAAUGGUGCAGGUGUUGGGGCUUGAUAAGGUUUGGUCAUGAACUUCUUGCAUCGCACGCAUCCCUUUCGCGACACGCAUCCCUUAGGCGACGGAGACGACUUAUCCAGUAAUUCUCACGAAUCUUCGCCGUCGUCAGAAUAACUCCCCCAUGGAGCUUCUCUAUAUGAGCUUCUUCCACAAGUUUCACAACGAGCAAUCGGGUUUAGUACAGAAUCUGUACUAAAACCACUAAUUCUGUUUUGUGAUUGGCGCGGUUUAAUCAAAGAAUCCUCCCGUUGAACCAGAGCCUUCACGACGUUUCAAUUUAUUAUUUACUGAAGGCUCUGGAAUCCAGGGUAGCUUGUAUGUUGAACUGGACUGAAUGAUUUGGACAUUUUGGAUUUUCUUUCACCUCUGCUUGCACUUGUUUGAUCCAUCAUAGACGUUGUUAGUCAAUCUCAUCGGUUGUUAAUGGACCAUGUUGCCUGUUGUAUACGUUCGCGCGACUGUUGUCGUGGAAUCUCUUUAUCCAUGCACAAAUUCUUAGGGUUUUCGUCAACGAAUGCUUCCUCAGAAUAUCUCUCAGGAUCGCUGAUUCCACUCGUUCCACACCUACAUUGAGUAUCGCUCGCGUUGCUUUGGAUUCACUCUGCGAAUCGGCAGAUGGUUUGACAACGAGGUUUGGUGGCCAAUGACUACGAUCUGGUAGCCAAGUAGGACCCUUUAACCAGAGCUUUGUGAGUUGACCACCCCUGCUUCCGAGGUCAGCAGGGUUCUCUGUUGUCAGUGCAUGAUUCCACUCGAUUCCUUCAGCAUCUUUGCUACUCGAUUUACCACGAACUGCUUAUACUGGCAUUCUCAUUUGAUUGACCAUAAAGUUACUGUGCUAUCUGACCAGCAGUGCGUCUCGUGUGGAAUAUGAUAAAGAGCUCUGCUUGUAUUGUUGACCAAGUUGGUUACCAUGUGGCAUGCAACAAGUUCUAACCUUGGUUUGGUCAGUCCUUUCUUCGUAAGUCUUGCUUUCGCAGCUAGUAACUUUCGAGUAACACCAGAUGGUUGUCUUGCAACUGUGUACAUCGUUGCACACAGUCCCUCGCCACUGGCAUCUCCGAACCCAUAAAUCUCCAAUUUCUCCACCGACUCUUGGAAGGGUACAAUUGGUUUUGGUACAGCCACUUCGCUAGCAGGUUAUCUUCCCAUUUUCCCACCGCUUCUUAUGGCUCCUUUCAAUUCUACAUCCCCUGGUAGCUUGUGGUCACAUACUUCUCGGUAGACUUGUUUUCCUUACAACAACAGAGGUGAGGCAAUUCCUAUUGGGUCGUAAAUCUUAGCUAAACGACUAAGGAUGCUGCGCUUUGUAGGACUUUCGCUGUUGGAUCCCAGUUGCACAGUCACUUAGUGUAUCGUUCUCUUUUUCCUGUUUUACACCCAGGAUCUUCGUUUCUGUUGGCUUCACACCGAGCUGUUGUUUUGCUGCUGUUUGUUCCUCGCGAUCUUCUUUGUUGUCACUUUCUCCGUCCAGUUCGUUCGCAGUGGACGCCCAUUUAUGAAGUGAAAAGGUUGCAUCACCCAGUAUAUCAAUAGCUUCAGACUUGCGCUGGUUAUCGACAUACAGACUUUUCGUUAGCGUGUCCACUGCUUUUAGAGCUUUGCUCUUCCAGUAAUCUAAGUGCGCUUCCAAAACUCCGCCAAGCGAAUGGUGAUGAUGCCAAACCGAACAAUACUCUGGUGAAUCGCAAUACCUCCACAUCAGUUAGUGGGUUUGCUCGCCGAUGAAUCUUAGCCAGAAGGACUGGGACUAGCAACAGAAUAGAAAUCCAGUUUCGUACCUUUAAUCACUUGUCACGCCCUGAUUCUUUUGCGAAACUGUUUGAAAGUUUGUGUCUGUGUCUUGCACAGAGAGAUGAAUAUCUGGGACAAAUUUGAGAUAUAAAUCUAGUAUCGUUAAUGAGAUAUUGAGUAAUUUUAAACCAGAAAUGGAUUUCUAUUUUACAACUAGUGCCAGGCGUUUUCCGAGUUCCGAGAUCACCUGGAAGUUUGUUCUGAAGAGGGGGACCCGCGCAAAGACAUUCGUUUAAGGAUGUGCUUACAGGAGAGGCUUUCGCAGAGGCAUCAUGCAUGUAUAUAACUCGCAGCUUUGUUGACUGUGCCAACUCUCGUACAACUUUCCUUAUGGGGUGUGUAGAAUUCUUUACCUGCGGCUUCGUUAUUUGGUUGUUGAUUCCUUCUUGUUUCUGCUGCUCGAUCACUGUGUUGUAGUCUUCGAUUAAGUCCUUUCGUUGCAGGCGACGUUCCAAAGAUUGCAAUCGGCGGAUGCUUCCGAUUUCAUUUGAUGGUAAUGGUGGGUGGUUUCCGCGCCUGGAAGCAAGUUUGCCAGAUAUGUAUGAGGUACUAGUACCAGAGUCUAUCAGUGCUCGACAUGUUAUUCCAUUCACCUUGACUACCACAACAGGGAAAAUUUCUUCAGUUGUGCUUCCGCUUGCAGUUAACACUUUUCGACCAGCAUUGGCUUUGUCAUCUCGAUCUUUGGUAUCACAUAUACAGUACUUGUUUGGUGGCAUUUGUUGCAUUUUCGACAUGUUGACUCACUAAGGCAAGCAUUUACACGAUGUUGCCCUGCUGCACAAUUGAAGCAGAGUUUCUUUUUUGCUAAAACUCCUCUUCGUUCGUUGACACUAGUGACCACUUCACAUUCCCCCGUCUUGUGCUCGCCUUCGCAGCAGACACAUACCUUUGUGGCUUUUGUUUGAUAUACUUUACCAGGCUUCCCAAAUUUUCCCUGAUGCAUCCGACUUCUCAUAAACAGGAUUUCGCUUGGUCCAUUGUCUGAUCGUUUCAGCAAGUUUUGCAAAAUCCCAGCUCUCCCAGUCUGGGUCAUCCUUUACCAAGUCACCCCGUAUAGCUGGAAGCUUAUCCAAUGUCAUGGAAACGUUUCCUUGAACAUACUUCAGUUUAUUUAGUUUCGCAAGGGCUUGAACAUAGUCUAUAUAAUUCAAUUUCAUGCUGAAUUCUGCUAUUUUCUUUGGGUUGGCUCCAGAAAUGUGUGGCAAAUCCAUUGAUCUCUUUAAUAUAGGCUUUGACAAUCUCCGGAGUUUUGCCAUAUUGAUCUUGCAAAAUUGACCGGUUGUAUCCCUCCGUAGUAAUGGCAAUAACUCUACAAGACGUUUAACAUUCGGUCCCAGAAACCCACACAGAUAUGUAAAUUUGUUGAUAGCAGCUACUGUAUAUUUGACUUAUCCUCCAUCUCUGUGAAUUGCCCCCAAAAUCUUGGCAAAUCCAUGUAUGACCCAUCAAAUUGCACAAUAUUAAUUUUUGGUAAUCUCACUGACAUACAGUACUUUUCAUGCCUUCCCCCGUCUCAGUUUUCGAGGUGCUAUGCCUCCCCCCGUUUUGUAUCCUGAAUUUUAGCUUGCAUUUGAAGCUUCGUUUCUUCCAAUUUCAUUUCGAAUUUAAGUUGUUCUUCUCGAGCGUAGUUUUCUUCUUCCAUGUUUUUGUCGUCGAGUCAUUGUUGAAGCCGAUUUACUUCGUCUUCAUCUAUCUUCACUUCAAUUUCCGUAUUCCAGUCGCUAAUCUCUGAUAUAGGUCUUCUUUCUUACCAAUUUUUUCAGCCUCAACCGUACGUUUGCACUGAUCUGUUUCGCUUAUUGUUGUCUGGAGUGCCUUUAAAUGCCGUUCCAUUGCUUCUCGUUUUCCAGCAACAAGUGUUUUCCCGGUUCUUUGCGCCGCUAAUUUCAACUGAGUGAGUUUUGUAUCGAGUUUCGCUUCCUCGUUCGCCAUAAUAAAUUGCUCGCUAGCGUCGAAAUAAAUUCCAAAAUAUCACAAAUAUAUUUUCGUCGGUAGGUGCCACGUAUUCCGAAUUUUGCCUCCAAACAAGUACGGAACACGAAAUGUAUUUUACAAUUUAAUAGAAAAUAAACUAUCACAACUCGCUGUUUUUCAAAAUCCCAAUUCACAGUCACAACGUUUUCACUCCCCCCUGUUUUCUCGCACAUGUUCUGCAAUCCCCUACAAACUCUAAAUUGUCCAUUGUUGUCCUCCAAAAUACAUUAAAGUGGAAGUCAACUCCGUAAUGUAAACAAACGGUUUGUUUACAUUUUGAACUGCUGUAUUUUUAAAAUAUGAUGUACUGUCUGAAUAUCUAACACCAUUUUGGUUCGCUAUGCUUCUAAAUGAAUAUGAAACAGAGUUUAUGUUCAGAAAAAUUCGAAACAUUCGAAAUUUGGGCAAUGUUCACGUUAGAGGUCCUCACAUUGUUAUGAGCAGAACUGAUGCGCAGAACGGACUUGACUUCCCAAAAUAACAUCAGUUUCCAAUAGUUUUUGCAUGACUUUGCAUGACUUUUGAUCACUUCUAUUGCAAAUUGCUCUAACAAACAGCUGGAAAGUGCUAGAUUUUAGAAACAAAAGGUGCCAACGUUUGAAAAUAAACACUUCUCUCUAAUAGCUAGACACCUCUAGAAAAAUGCCCCUCAGACCAGCACCAAACAUAUAUGAAUAGAUUAUUUGCAGUACUACUAUCAUUUUCAAUUUCUCCACGCUAAUAUUGCUGAGCAAUUGUACAUAUUAGUAUUAAGUGAUUGAAUAAUUCAUACUUGUGCCACGAUAUUGUUUGAUACUAUGAGUAAAUUAAAUAAUUCAAAUAUUCACACCUUGUUCUAAACUGUAACAAUGUACUAAUUGUAAUGUCAGGUGUUGGGAUGAAAAGAAAAUUGUCUCGAAAAGAAGAAAGAAGGGAGCUUCGCAACCAAAAGAAAGCAAAAAAACAUUCCUUCUUUUCAAAUAAAACAGGAAAAAAGGUAAUCUGGCUGUCUGAAAAUUUGAUUCAUUUGAUACUUACAUGUAACAUAGACAAACUUGAAAAUUCUUGUUGACAUCUAAGUUAAACACACCAAUCCAUAUAACUUCUAGAAUCAUACAGUAGUAAAUGAUAGACCUAACAAAAGAUAUCCUGUACAGUAGGUCAGAAAAAACGUUUUGUUUGUCAUUGUCAGCAAUGGUCAAGCCAAGUGUGAUCAGCUGGGUUCCAAUAACUGACAAUGAUGCCAUUUUUGGAUUAUACAUUGCAACUGCUUGCAAGUUGGGUCAACAUGUAAGCAGACAGCCACAAGUCCACAAUCACAUCGAGAAGCAUUAGAGUUGGAAUAAGGUGGUUGGUUGGGAAACUAGAACCACAGGAUAUUUUUGUUAGGCCAUAUGUACUAGUUUGUUUACAGUAUGGCACCACCCCAUGAGAAGAGACAAUAUUUGUCAUCUUACUUCAUUAAUUAAUUUAUUAAAUUUUAACUUAAUGAAGGAUGGUAACGAAAAAAUAGAACCACAUGAGAAUGUUAGUAAAUUUCCUGAGAAAGUAAAACGAAAGAAGAAAAAGAAAAGAAAAAAGAAAAACCAAGAACAAACAGAGGUAAACUAUUUCUUGUAUUAAUAUUUUGAGUAAUAUAAAGUCAUCAUACUGUAACUAUAGUUGAUAGUCCUACUGUAGUUUGUUUCUAGAUUUUCGAUACUUGUGUGCAUGCUUAAAUUUCAAGUAGUUAACUUUGUAUGCUGUACAGUAUAUAAUUAUUAUGUUCUCUGAAUGUUUGAUACAAUGCGAACAUGCAGGAAACAACUAUGAUCAGUGAAGUACUGUAUCAUUGAUAGCUGCUCAGUAAGUAUUCAUUUGACUAAGAUUUUAUUAAUCCUGGAAUUAUUUAGACGUUUUAAGUUUUUCAGGGAGUUGAUCCUCAAUCCUUAAACAAUUCUUCAACAAAAUUGCUAUAUAUAGUUCACAGUCUGUUCGUUACGGCGCCACCUACACUGGAACACCACAUUCUGUACAAAUCUUUAAGAUACACUCGGCACCAUAGAUUGAUAUAUGUGAUAUACAGAUUUUCAGCGUUACAUACUAUAUGCUUUCCCGUUCCAUUUAGCCUGAUUCUGUAACCAAACAGCGUCCAAUCUCUAUUUAUGAUGAUAACGAUGAUGUUGAAAUUGAGGAGUUGGAACGGAAGUUAAAGGUCAAUAAGAAAACAAAAAUACCCAAUGUUUUCUUUGAAGAUGGUUUGGGUGGUAUCCUUUCAAUGAAUUUACUAAUAUUGAACAAAUACACCUGAAUCUGUAUGGGAAACGCAAUCCGCCGAUUGAUUACGAGUUCAACUGGAACGCAUACUGUAGAGGACGGAGGCGUUCCCAAUUUGUAUGUAGGUAAUGCUACUCGCACGCCAUAUUUUACUAAACGUACAUGAUUUUGUUUGAAAAAUGUUGGAUGGUACAAUAAAAUUUCCAUUCCGAGAUAACAGAUAAGGUAGAAAUUCCUGUAUUUUGUUGCAUAAGUUGAAUUUGUAAAUGGUCGAAUAAAGUCCGAAACGAUCCUGAGCUUUAGACAUAGAUAUUCUUGAUAUGUGCAACGCCAUUGAAACUGGCAAUCUCAAGUCACAGGUGGAAAACUAUGAAGAAAAUGAUGAUACUGAUGAUGGGGGUGAUGAUGGAGUGGACUUUGGUAAUAAUGAAAAGGUAUAAUGUACAGAAACUAUCAGGUUGUUGGGCAUCUCACUCGAUAGAACUAAAAGUUGAAGGGUUUUGAUAGAUGGAAAUUUGGAGCGUCAUUUUUAUACAUUUUUAGACCAUGCAGGAGCAGCUGCAAGAAAUGCAACUAUAGGAAUGAACAUGCGAUUCCGGUGCAGCGCUCUAACCAACUGAGCUACAUUUGACGAGUAUUCACUGCAAGUUGAUGUAAACAACUCAACUAAAAAAAUUUCGGCGCAUUUGUAAUUGCAUGCAAAAUACUGCUGAAAAUGCUCCGAUAACCUCUACAGAUAUCUGUUUCCGCUGAGAAAUGGCGCGAGGUCCUUAAAAUAUCUGGAAUUAUCCGUGGGCUUUUAACGAAUGAGAAGACGAGAACAGAGUACAAUGAAUAAUAAUUACUAAAAUAUUGUAGCUACCAGAUGAUGGAUACCUGGAAGACUCAGAAGAAGAUAUGAACUCUGAUGACGGCGAUGAGUCGCACAAUGAAGCUGAGGGUGGAAAUGAAUGUAGAGACGAAAGCAGAGGUGAAUCUGAUGAUGAAAACGAGGGAGGCAAGGAGGGGAAAGACGAUGGAAAAGAUGUAGAGGAAUGGGAGAAGGGGGGAGAUGAAGAAUUGUCAGAAGAAGAUGAACUGCCAGAACGAACUAGGUAACUUAUAUAAAGUUUAUGCGCUGUAUAUUCGUAUAUAUCGGCUACGUGCUUGAUAAUACGAUAUUUAGACGGUAAGGGGAAAAAUUAUGGAUGUUUAUGUGAUCAUUAAUAUUAACUGUAAGCAAGCAUUAAAAGUCAGCAGAAAGGUGGUCAACUGCAGAAAUGCUAACAAUUAUAUACUGUACAAGAAAGUAAACUCCAUCUCUCAAUUCUGUAUUCCUCCAAACGCAAGACUAGUAAACAUACAAUGAAAAUAAUUUAAGGGAUUUUUUACUCUGAUAGUUGCCAGUAUAACCAGUAGACUACAUCUCCUGCACCAUAGUGCUUGUUCAAACACAUAGUACUGUAUGUUUUUAACGUACAUGUUAUCAUUUUACUAAUUUUAUCCAGUUUGUUUAAUUUUCAUACAUUUGAUUGAAUUGUCCGAGGUAUACAGUACAAGGUUAGUAGAGUUCGACGAUACUAACAGCUUCAAUAAUUUAAUUUAGUUCUGAAGAUAUAUAUGGUGGCGCCACAGCUAAGUAUGUUCCACCUCAUCAGAGGCAAAAUCAGAGUGGACAGAAGCAAGCAAAUGCAAGGUUAAGAAAACAAGUGAAAGGUCUUUUAAACCGGUACGUUUCUAAUUUAACUUGUGUAUGAAGUGUUUGUUUUUAAAAAAUCUGCAUAAUCGCGAUAAUUGGGGCAUAUUAAUAUAUUCGUGUUCUGCCCUACUGAUUUCUUUUGAAAGCGAUUGUUUUUACGGUAUGUGAACAUGAAUAUAUGAAUAUGCACCCCCCUAAAUAUUGUCAAUUUAAAACAAUUACCAUUGAUGCUCGAAAAGAGACGCCAAUAAUAUUUAUAUAACAGCAAUAUAAGCAAUACGUACUGAACUUCAGACAUCAUUUUUUCUUUGGUGUACCAUCUAAAAUCUUUUCAUUUUAGCAUUAUUCUACAGACAAAGCACUAAACAUAUACUUUUUAAGUUUGUUUGCCGCUUGAAAAACGUAUCAAAUAGCGAAAAAAUUGAAUAUAGUCAUAACCAAGUGGAAAAGUAUAUUAAUUAGUUUUGAGCGCGUGUUACGUAACAUACAAAAUAUUUUCCUCUUAAUUGUUUUAUAUAGUUUAAGUGAGUCAAAUCUUGCAACAGUCAGUGGUCAACUGGAGGAACUGUACAUGUGUAAUAGUAGAAAUGGUGAGUUAAACAUUUUUAUAACUUUAAAUAAUUUUCAAACUUUAUUUAAUUUAUCAAGGAUAAUACUAACUUAAGGUUUAAUAUUUAGGUAUUUUAGCAAGGUUUCUGUAUUAUCAUUAAUGAAUCAAAUAAAAUUUGAACAGUUAGUUAUAAUAUGAACAAAUGUGAAGGUUUUAGACGAAAAAUCCCUUUUUGUUCGCGGUAUAGGCUGCACGAGGCAGAAUUAGUGGAGAGUUUUGUCUCACUGAAAUGUACGAAGUAUUUUGGUGUCGACCUAACCCGACCCUACUUUGGAGGUUUUGCUGUCAUUGUUAAUUCUGAGACUAAUUUUCAGGCCUUUACCAAUGCCAGCUAAACUGUGACCUACAUAUACAUACCAGGGUCUUAGCUAUACAACCCGGAUUUGUACUAGAUAUUUAUUGGUUGAUUUUACUUCCGAGAAAAUGUUGUCUAACCCAAUUGUAUGUGUUUACAUGUGCCUAGCAAUUUUUCGUUUUGUGCUCGUCUACAUAUGCAUGCUUCCCAACCUUUCGUCAAUCCCUGCUCUGCUGGCUUCUAUACGUAUUUGAUGGUACAACUACGAAGAGGGUCCUGAAGGGCUAAAAUGGGAACUGGGAUUGAUCUAUUUUUAGACUGGGAAAAUGGGAUUUGGGUUGCUGGGACUGGGAUUUGGCCACUGGGAAUGGGAAAUGAAGUCCUCAAAAAUGGGAAUGGGAUUGAGGUAAUGUGAGUCAAUUCCCAAUUUUUCUGCGUUUUGAGUAUUUUAAAAUACAAUUUUGAUCCGUUUUUGGUGUCUUUGGUCAUGAUUUUUGUUGUUAACUAUAUUAUCCACAGCACCACCUGCGAACAGGGAUACUCUGGCGCCCGGAAUUCUGGGUUUUCUGAUUAUGCGUGUCUCAGAAUGCUGCAAAUGCCAUUUCCGGGAUUCAAAUUUAAGUGUCCGCCACUUGCUUAAAAGGUCUUAAAACUGUUUAUUCUACCGAUAAACAAAGGGUUUUUUAUUGACUGGGAUUUCAAUAACUGGGACUUCUAAUAAAAAUCCAACUGGGACUGGGAUUUUGCCAAAAUUUCAGGUGGGAAAUGGGAUUGGGACCCCCCUUCAGGACCCUCUACGAAGGAUAGCAAAUGGUAUGUCUUUUCUGUACGUGUAGAUCUGAAUGAGAUACUCUCAGAUCUUCUUAUGGAAGCCUGUAUUUCAUCAUCUUUGAUGCCAGAAGGAUUGUUACGUGAACAUAUCAUGUUGAUAGCUGUUCUUCAUUCUCUCAUUGGAUCAGAAGUUGGUAAAUGUCCUUUUAUUUAAGAAUGUAUCUUGUUGAUGCACCAUUUCCUUUUAUGUAAUUCAAUUCUUAAGGAUCUGCAGAUUUUUGAUAUUAUCGAAGGUAUUAUUUCAUAGAGUCUGCACCUGCUAUAUAUACCAUUCAGCUAUAUGCAAGACUUAUACUUCUGACUGCAUAAUACCAGGAUGUGCAAAACCUUCACAGAACAAAGAGAAAUUGGAACAAAAAUUUGGAAAAUUAUGCGUUAUAUAGAGCAGUAUAUAAUGUGACAUCAAGAAUUAACCUGUCAAACAAGGAUCAGAGAUUAUGAGAGUUGGCAGUCACGUAUUGUUACGGGGGCACAUUUCAAGCUCUAGAUUAACAAAAUAAAGGUUUGACAAGUGUUCCAACAUAUAGAAUAUAGUUACAUGAUAGUGUUGGGAUAACAUUAAGAACAGUUAACCAUGCAAGGUCGCGGUACUGCCACCUCUCAUGCGCUCUCAUGAUCGUUUGAUCCAGCCCUUACUUUAUUCAAACACUAGAAGCGGAAUAUGUUCGGUUAUCAAACCUUGGUCAAAUAUUUUCAUGUCAUUGAAAGUAGGGUUCACAAGAUGGCUCUUAGAUCUCGAAUCCCGUUCUCAACUUUUCCGUAGAUAUUUUUCAUCCCUCGUGUUUUUCAAUCCUAUUACCAAAAUAAACAUCAUCCCGCGUCCCACAAAAACCGAUUGUGGAUAGUAACUAAAUAGCGAACAGGAAACUAAAAUCAUACAAAAUAUAUUAUAUUUCAGGAGCGUUUCUUCUUCAAAGACUAGUUCUGCAGUUUCAGAAGUUUCAUUCUGCUGAGGAUGGCAGUAAUGACAGUAAAGAAAUUAAUAACAUUCUCACUCUGUUAGCCUUUCUCUAUAAUUUCAAGGUAGGUUUCAUAGUCUGUUUCUGGUCAGCGCGCGCAUCAACUUUUUUUGCAAAUAUUGUCCAUCUAUAUAUAUCCUUGCAAAAGAAAAUAUCACUGAAAAAAAUACUGAAAAUCCAUACUAUGGAAUUUGCAAUGGAUGAUUCCAGCUAUUGACUAAUAUGUUAUCUAUAGACAAGAAAGACGAAAUCUAUCAUUAUAUAUAGAGCUCAAAAGAGCAUCCUAAAAUUGAUAAACUUGCAAAGUUUGGUUGCGAAAUGUUGUAAAAUACGAAAAAUAUAGCCCUGUGAAAUUAGAAAAUUUUGAGUAUUUUAGUAUUACGCGCGGAAAAAUGCACCACUUUCGGCUUUACAUCAUAAAAAAUAUUUUUCGAAAUGAAACUAUUAAGAGCGUAAACUGUAGAUGUUCUGUUUUUUUGAAAACUUUCAUCAUUACUGACAUCAUAUCAUGAAACCAUUUUCUUACUGUAGGUAAUUGAUUGUGUGUUGAUCUACGAUAUUUUCCGGGAACUGGUGACUAAAUUUCAGGAGAAGGAUGUUGAACUAUUAUUGUUAUUAAUACGACGUACGUGAGUUUUAUCUUCUCGACAACUUUAGUUCAUGUUUCAUAGUAGCACAAUGAAUCUUAGUAUAGGACAGGGCCGCCGAGAGGGGGGCAGGGGGGGGGGCGGCAAAUUGCCCCGGGCCCCGAGUUGCUGGGGGCCCCUGAAAAAUUUUUGUUGGGCCCCAGUUUUUCUUGUGUGUUAAAUAUUUCGCGCAAAGGACAAGAUAUCUGUUUUCUUGGGCUAAGUACCGAAUUUUGUCAUAAAAAAAUGAGAUAAAGUCCCUCGAAAGCAAUUGCAACGUAUUCGUCCGGAAAAAUUUAGUACUCCGGAAAAAAUUUUUACCCCUAAAGUGGUACACUGACCGAAAAUUUUUUGGCGGUGGGGGGGUGGUUGUUCUCCGGAAAAAUUUUUUUAGAUAGGGCCCCCCCCAAAAAAAAAUUUGCCCCGGGCCCCCGCCAACCUCUCGGCGGCCCUGGUAUAGGAUGAACCUUUACACAUUGUUCAUCCUCCUUAUCUAAGUUCCUUGAUGGUUUGCAUGACGAUAAAUAUAAUCCAUUUGUGCAACACAUGCUUUUAGCUGGGAUGUCAAAACCGUCCGUGCAAAAAUACCGUACUGCAUGCAUGCAUGGAUAUUGUCCGCUGUUUUGGUGAACGUGACCAAACAGCAUAAUUCAGCGUGUUUUAGAACAAAAAUAUCAAAGAAAAGGAAUAACAAGGGAAAACAGCAGCUGACAACUUAGAAAUAUAGCAAAGUUUCUAUGCUGUCAUUCAAAGAAAAUAUUUGUGUAGACCUUUCAUGAUCGUCUAUUAAAAACUGGCCAUCCAUAGGGCGCCUGGCUAAGGCCUGGUGAAAACCACGUUUACUUUUUUCGCGAAGCUUUCAUUGUAAUUUCAUGAAUUAUUACCGUUGGAAUAUCUCGAGUCCAAUAACCUCUACAGAUAUAUCUGUUUUUCGUAUACCUACAGUAGAACUGUUUCUAGGCUUUUGGCCAACUAGGAAACGAAAGCAAAGUACAAUGAAUAAUUAUAUUGCGUUAGAUUGACUCACAACUCGCGAAAGCUCAUGUGGUAUGCAAAUUUAGAAUUAACAAUUAUUGGAUGAGGUUUUUGUGAUAUGCGGAAUUAUCAAGGUCGAGGUAACUGAUAACGCUUACCGAGACCUUGACAAUUUUGCAUAUCGCAAAAAACGAAUUCAAUAAUUGUUUUAUUAUACAUUUGUUUGUGUUUUGUGUUAAAUAGAUACCGCUUGCUAAUCAUCGCAGGCUCAUUUGCAGAUAACUCAAUUAUCUGCUAGCAGAUAACUGAAUUUUCUGUAGGUUGCGUGAUUGCGCUGUUUAACUGUAAGCUCUUAGCCAAUCAAAUUUAUUUUACCAACUAUACAAUGUAUAAUAAUACGUAUUAUUAUACAUUGUACUUGGUAAAAGCAAUUUGAUUGGCUAAGAGCUUACAGUUAAAUCGUGCAAUCACGCAACCUACACAAAAUUCAGUUAUCCGCUAGCAGAUAACUGAAUUGAGGUUGAAUGAGUGUACAUUUCAAAUGAGUGUACAUUUCAAUUUUCAAAUGAAUGUACAUUUCAUAAUUGUAAUGUUUACUUUAACAAGCAAAUAUUUUAAUACGUUAACAUCUUAACGAGUCGAUAAUAUGUUUCUUCUAUAUUUGUAAUUAAUUUAACUGUUGGACUUUUUACUUGAACAGCUUUGCCAGAAAUCAUAUUGAAUAUAACGCUUACCUAGACCUUAAUAAUUUUGCAUAUCGUAAAAACCGAAUUCAAUAAUUGUUUUAUUAUACAUUUGAAGAAUAAUAAACAUAGUAUUAAAAUAGUAUGUUUAUUAUUCUUCAAAUGUAUAAUAAAACAAUUAUUGAAUUCGGUUUUUGCGAUAUGCAAAAUUAUCAAGGUCUCGGUAAGCGUUAUCAGCCUCGCCUUCGGCUCGGCUGAUAACGCUUACCUCGACCUUGAUAAUUCCGCAUAUCACAAAAACCUCAUCCAAUAAUUGUUAAUUAUUGGUAAGCAAUUAUUUUGUAUAUGCUUGCUUUUCACGAAUAUACAAAAUUUCUGAUUUUUAGAUGUUGGAGUGGAAAUAAGACGUGAGAAUCCAGAGUCUUUGAAAGUAAGUACAUCCUUGUGUCUUUUCAGCCUUUUAAAUUGAGUGAUGGUUUUUAAUUGUUAUGGUUAUUCUUGGGUUUCAAUCACGUGAUAAUUUUAGCAUAAUUUGACUCGGGUGGGCAAUCAUUGAACUGAGGUCAACCAAAACAACAAAGGAACGAAAUAGCUGUCAACGCAUCUUAUGUAAAUGAGUUCUCCGACUAUUAUAAAAGCUAAUAUAAACAAUAUAUAAACUUGACGUCCACGUGACGUCAUAUGAAACCCAAGAAUUUGGAGCGAAGUUGGCAAGGCUAAAAUGAUGUGGUGUUGUAGUGGUAAUAAAAUAUGUACAGCUUCGAGGAAACGUACAAUUUAGUCCAAUACGUUGGCACAUUUUACACGUACUAGGCUAAGAUAUUUACAAAUUUCACUCGUUAAUCUUGACUUCCACCAUAUAUGGUCAAUUUUUCAUUUGAAUUUGUCCUCAAUACAGUAUAUCUUAGGAAGAUAGAUUCAGUUAGGAUUUAGAUUUAUUGCAAUGAGUGCGAAACUCUAUACUGAUUGUAGUACAAAUAUUUACAAACUUAACUGGGUAAGGUAAUGAUUGUUUUCAAAAUUUCAUGUGGUGCGCAUGCUCACAUCAACAUUAAAAACCAUCAUUCAAAAGGCUGCACCGUGCUUUUAAUUUGCUGUCAGUGGGGACAUAAUUAAGAUUGCAACAUAACAGAAUAUAUAUUUUUGUGAACUAACAUCUUUUCCAUCGGUUUAAAAAUUAAAAAAAAUUUUGUGUGUAAUACUAUGUAUUGCGUGUGUGUUUAUGUGACAUAUUGGGAAAUGUGUGACAUAUGUGACAUAUUGGGAAAUAUUUGCUUCUUAACGGAAUAUCUCCGUUUUUAAAGGAAAUUAUUCUUGAAAUCCAAGCCAAAGCUGUGAGUGAUUCUGAGAUGACCAGCAAGUGAGUAUGGUAUAUUCCUGCUACAUCUUUUCACCUCCAUUACUGUUUCUAUGUGCAACUAUUUAGUUUGUACAUGUUUACGUUUUGUUUGACAUUUACAAGUUGCUAAAGCUCACGAACAAUCCCAUGUCACACACCUGGCUGAAUUCGUAACCUCCCGCUCUUGCCUUUAUUACUUAAAUACAGCAUUAUUCAAUUUUUAGCUCAAGAACGAGGUUUAUGUUGGAAAUCAUCAAUGCUUUGCGAAACAAUAACAUUCGCAAAAUUCCUAAUUAUGAUCCAGCACCGGUAGAAAGAGCGAGAAAAAUAUUGAAAAGCAUUGCAGGUGUGUGCUUAUACUGUAUAGUGUAGUUGGUAUUGCGAACCAUAAUUGCAAUAUCUGCUGCACUGAUAAUCAUUUAGUUCAAGAUAUUAUAAUCCAAUAUAUACAAACAGGUGGGAAAUUUGUCUGAGCAUGCGCGAGUAAAAUGAGUCACGCAAUUGUGUGGAAUACACGCAACGCGUGUGUACAAAAAAGCAUGCACAAUCGUGUAAAUAUUGCAAAAUGUUUGUACAAAAUAAAUGACUGUUUUAUGUUGAAAGAGUGGACAUGUUCUAAAUUAAUCAUACAGAAUUUUUUAGUGACGUUCUAUUUCAGUACCCUGCCAUUGUCUCUGGUGAGCUGUCCGUCUGCAUUCGAUCUGAAACAGUUGCUACUUUGCUGUCGAAGAAUUUCGAAUGUUUGCAUGAAAAUAGAGGCAAGUCAUGCAUUUUACAACCUCUUAAACUGUAUGAGCCCCUAUUUUUACGCUUAUACCCAAGAUAUCAAAUAAAAGUACAUGAAACAGAGAACAUUUGUAGAAAGUUUUAUCGUGAGGCCACGGCCAGUUUUUAAAAUAUCUUUAUUUCUGUUCCGGUCAUCACCAAAAUUACACAAAAGCCGGGCUUGAAUAUACAACAAAUUUUGAAUCGCAUCAAGCACAAAAAUACUUAACGUGUAACCAAAAUAUGCUCAUGAAAUCGAAAUUAAUAGCUAAAUUUUCAAACUAGACCCUUCUCGAAGCGGUUUUCAUGAAGGAAGUUCACAUUUCGGCCUUUGAUUCUUGGCAAAAAUUUGACCACAACACGUGCGAAGCAACUGGGUCUCAAAGACUGAACUAAAACAUUGUGAGCCCCUAUUUUCCUGACGAUAUGUUUGAUACCUACAAACGCCGAAAAGUUUUUUCUUUUCAUUUAGCUAUAUUUGAAAUUGAGGCCACGGGCUAUUUUUGAGAAAAUACAGUUCAAAGUCUUAUCCCAUACCUGUGUUAAAAGCAACCUCGUCCCCAGGGCCUAUUGAGGAAGGAGGCGAAGCAGCAAAGGCCCUGGUAAAGGCUGGUCACGUGAUGCUUCAAAUUUUGAAUAUUUCAGAAAUUUAACUUUUCAAACCGGGGGUGCGGGCCGCUUUGAUUUUAUCAAACAUGGCCGUGCAAAGGGGCGAUAGAAUUAACCUUUUCCGACUGAAACCAGAGACUGAAACUAUGAUGAUAAACUUUUCAACUGACAGUGGAAAUACUGUAAAUAUAUAGUCUGCGAUGUUCUUCAAGAAAAUAUGGAAUAUAAUCAACAGCAAUACUUGUGGAAGAUCAAGAUUCAAAGAGAAGAGUCUAAUUGACUGACAACAGUAAAUAUUUCUUUUCAGCUUGGAAGCGUGUUUUAUAAUAUUUGUCGUUUGGGAGUCAAUAACAUACUGUCACUACUGUCAGUGAAGAAUUUGAUUUGGGACUUUGAUGUACCUUUAUGAAAAGAUUACUACUGAAUACAAAUGUGCAUGUAAAAUGUGAUUAGAACGUCAGUUUAAUAUGAACAGUUGCACUGUCAUUGACUCAAUAUAUUUUAAUGUGGGACAAACAUUAAAAACAUUAAAGUACUGUGCCAAGUGACAAAAUUCCAUGCUGACCAUGGGUUACGUAUGUAUGCAUUUUUAUUAAACGUUUAUACCAAUAUACACUAUUUUAAACCUUUGUGUGUGAAUUUUGUGUGUUGAUUUUAUGAUAUUUGACAACCAUGAAUAUUAAUAAUAUAAUAUGUUAACAGCAAGUUUACAGUAUAUCGUAUAAUACAAAAGCAAUAUCACUGAUAUUAUCACAAGACUCAAGUACUGUACAUGGUCUAAUAGAUGUUUCUUAGUCAGCAACUAUGCUCUUUGACAUUGUGGCAAGCGUUAUAUUGUUGUUAGCUUGGUUUUUCACUUUUUUGAUACAACUAUAGAAUACCCACAACUUUCACACCUUACCGCUAUUAAUUCCUUGUAAACCAAACUAACAUACUCAUAUGAUUUAAUCUCUAAACUUUACCUUAAACUAUUUUGAAGUGAUUCUUGUACUUAUUUAUGUGUCAAUGAAUGCGGAAAAAUGGCGAGGUAUUCUAUAAGCAUUCCGGCAUGUGUGUUUUUGAACCUUCACUGUUGAGAGAGCAUGCCAUGGGUCUCCCCAAAUUAUCUGAGCACUUCAACCAGACCAACAGCUGCCAAAUGGCAACUAUGCUCAGAGGUGUAACUUAACACUUGCCCGGGGCAAGUAAAUAUCAUGAUGGGCAAGUAAAAGUUUCCUCUUGGGCAAGUUGCUUUGCCACAAAAAGCUGGCCAGCUUUCAGUUCAUAUUAUUAUUGUCGGAUAGAAUAAAGGCUGUUCGGCGAUAUUGGUUCAAGCUGGCAAAUCAUCUGCAUCAAAUUCAUCUAAAUUGUUUGAUUAUAUUAUGCAUUUGAUUCUCUUUUUGGUUAUUAAAUGUUUAUUCAUAAUAUGAUAACCGAACGAAAUAUGGCAGGACUUCAUUUAUGGCAGGACUUAAUUUGGGACUUUAUUAGUCCUGUUGUCUGUGCCUUCAAUUUCGUAUUGUAAAACUAAUAAAAAAAUAAAUAAUGGUGAUUAGUGUUACAUUAAACAAGUGUACUUGAUUCAAAUUUUCUUAUUGAUUAUUGAUUUGCCUACUGAGGUACACAUUAUUGAACAGUCAGUUGUGGUGAGUGAUGCUGAACUGCCUGUUGUAUGUUGUGAGUGAUUUUGAGCGCCUGUUGUGAUGAGUGACACUGAAUUGCCCCAAUUGUGGCUCAGGAAAUGUACCUGCUGACUUGUCAAAUAAUCUCCUUAAAUAAUGUUCUGGGAAGUAAUUUGUGUAAUUGAUUACAAACAAAAACAAGGGCUUGUUAACAGUAUAAUGAGGAAAUUAAUUCCAUCUCAUUAUAUUAUUCAGUCUUGAUAAAGCAUAUGGAGGCUUUCUGUCUGAUUUGAUCCUCAUGCAUGUAAUUGUUUGGGAAUGCCUGAUCAUUAAGAUCACAACAUUUGUUUUGAAGCUUGGCCUUUGAAAUCUAUAUGUGUGUUCACUAUAUGUGUGUUCACAAUGUUCUUGGGAUAAGAAUGAAAAUCAAAUAAAAUAUUUCAACUCAAUUAAAUUCAGCAAAUGUUAAUUUAACCACGGAGGUCAACCAGGUUAUACUCAGGGCAUAUGGCUAACAUAAGCAUUUAAAUUCCAAGUGCAUACGAUGUUGACAUUCUUUGUUUUUCAGACAUUCUUUGGGUCUUGCAUCCCUUUAACUGUUAAAUAUACUGUAUGAUAUUGACAUUUGUAAGAAAGAUCUAUUGUAGCAACAAUAACUAUUAAAUGUUUUGAUGAUCGUGGAUAUGGUGUAUUGAGAGUCCAUAUUAUUAAAUUAAAGUGAUUUUACAUAUCUGUUUCACAAUCGAGGCAGCAAUUUCCUUGCGACAGUAUUAAAUUCAUAGUAAAUAUUUCUAUCGAUCCAUUCGUUUUGCACUGUUGCUUUGUCUAUUUAAUAGAUCUCCUUUACAGUUCAACCAAGGUUCUCAGAGCUAAUUUGAAGACAAUUUCAAAUUUAUUCAAUAUUUUUGGAAGAACUUUAACAGAUUUUUUCAUUUUAAAAUAGAUUUUUGUUCUUUAUUUGUCGAUUUCGGUGUUUAUGCAUUAUAUUGACGAAUAUAUUGUAGCUAAAGCGAUCCGCGAUCGCACCCCCCUGUAUAGUAUUUGCUCCGAUAUAUCACGUGACAAAAUAAUCCACAAUUUGUGGAUUAUUUCACCAGCCUUUACCAGGGCCUUUGCUGCCCUUCGCAUCUUUCUUUAAAAGGCCCUGGGGACGAGGUUGUGUUAAAAGCGGCUUUCUGAUUGGUUUAGAUAUGGCCGAACUCACCUGCUUUUCGCCCGAGCUCACCCGCUAAACUGCUUACGUUGCAAUAACAAUAACAAAUAUGGCGGACAAGAUUUAGACGAUAAACCUAAACUUUAAAGAACUUUUAUCGGUGACUAACAUACUGAGACUAAAGAAAAACCAAAGAAAAAAUGCAGUAAAGGUAAUGUAGACGUAGAUAAAGAAGUAUUUUCUUGCCCAGUGUUUUUUUUUGGCCGGGAAAAUGUUCACAAAACAUCGACGAAUAUAUCGCGAAGAGCUACAAAUGUGUGUAUGGCUCGGUGUAUGGGAUAAAAACCAAACGUACUUGCAGGUUCGGUGAGUCCGGGAUUGGACGCACCUCGGGUGGCUGGAAGUUUCCCGAACUCACCUCGCUUCGCUCGGUAAGUUCGGGAAACUUCCAGCCACCCUCGGUGCGUCCAAUCCCGGACUCACCUCCCUGCAAGUACGUUUGUUAUAAAGCUAUUUUUACAUAUUUUCAAAAUUUGUCAAAUUUCGCGAGCUUGUAUUUUGAACUUAGACAGCUGAAGUUACAUUAACAAACAUAGGAUGGAAAAUUUGAGGCAUACAAAGUUAAUUUCAACUUACAUUUCAUUCUCAAAUCACGUCUUUCUUCGUUUAUUACGGUUUUAAACAAGCCAUAGAUCGACGUAUACGGUAUUUACUCCCAUGUUCACGUCGCCAUAUUAACUUCUUCCAAUCACUCGAUUACGAAACAAUCAUCCCAAAACAAAGAAUUCAUGAUCGACUUUUAAAAGAAUAACCAAUAAUUUGUAAAUCAUUGAAUGGAAAGCAAAAAAUCGUCAGCUAAAACAGCUUCUUGCUAACUUUCUGCUUUGUUUUGAAUGUAAAUGCAAUGAGCUUUGUUUCUGCUCGCAAUUUUUUGGUCAGCGACGACAAAUUUCCCACCUGUUAUAUAUACAGCUAUUUCAAUUAAGGUUGUCCCCGAGCAAAGUGGAAAAGUCGAAUACGAGCGCGAAAGGCUGCUGGGAAUCGCUAAAAAAUUAAUGAGCCUUUCGCGCUCGUAUUCGACUUUUCCGCUUUGCUCGGGGACAACCUUAAUAGACCUUAUGCAUAAUGACGUCACAAGGCUUGAUGCCUGCGAGGAAUGCUUUUUUUGUCACUGAAAAGCCCCUUUAGGGGAGUGUCAGUAAAGUCAAUAAACAAUAACAAUAAACAAUGCUGGUCUUAGUAGUCAUCGCCCGGGAAAAGACCAGCAUUCCUCGCGGGCAUCAAGCCUUGUGACGUCAUUAUGCAUACUAACUAAGAGCAGUUGGAAAGAUGCAACUAUAUACGAACCUGUGGUCCUGUGAUUCCAGUGCAGCGCUCUAACCAAGUCAGGUGUCGAGCUCUAACCACAAGUUCAUGUUAUAUAUAUACAGGUGAUGCCAAAUGUAACGACUCGAUAGAAGAGUUAGUGAUAUCGAAUCUAGAUGUCCAAAAUCCUGAUAUUUACCCUUUCGGAAUGUACAUCGAUCACUACAGAGCCUCGUUUUCGUAAUUGGAAUUUUGGUAUAGAGCCUUUUAUUUCGGUUUUAAACAUAUUCCUAUAAUCAUAAUAAGGUUUCUUGCACGAAAACGAGGCUCAAUAUAGCCAAGGUGAUUUGCUGUCCGAAAGAGAGAUUACAACAAAAGGAUUGCUUCUACCAUGCAAAUAUUAUAUAUCUAUAAUAUAUUAGAUAUACAAAGACUUGUCAGUAUGCCUAGUGCCACAGGUCUGCCUUGGUAGAAUUUCAUUAUUUCCUUCUUACUCGUAUUGAGCGAUUGGGUUGCUCAUUUUGCCAACUUGGGCUAAAGUUUUGACUAUUGUUUUGGCCAAGAAUGGCACCGACUCUAAACAUAAUAUACUUUGUCGUAAAAUGUGCAAAAUAGUGAAAUACAUUUAUUAUGUCAUUUACUUAUAUUUUGUUAUCUUAUAGGUUCGAAGGAGAAUGCAAAACUUAGCAUCUCAUUUCCAGAUUUACUUUCUGCUAAUGAGAAAGGUAUGGUUUUAUAUUUAAUUUCUCUCGAUAUAUGUCACGUGCAGAAAACUGGUAUUGACAAGCGAUAUCAGUACUGUAUAGGAUAUUACCAUUGAAAUGAAUAUAACUGGAACGCUACCUUCAGAUAAACUGCCUAUCUUUUUUCUAGAAGCCAAAUUUUACCUCCAGACACGCGUGUCUGGAGGUAAAAUCACGCGUGUUUAUGACAUGAUUGAUUGACUGAUUGAUUGAGCUCUCUUCGCAUGUAUGAAAAGACUGGGCAUGACAACAAGAAUUUGGCUUCACAUUUCCGGUUGGAGGUAGCAUUCCAGUUCUAUUCAGUUCAAUGGAUAUUACUCAAGUUCUGUUUUAAGUUUGUAUCCUACUGUCCGGACCGAACAAGCUAAAUCAAUUAUACGGCUAAAAACAAGAGCAUUCUUCGAAAAACAAUGUUUAUAUUAAAAUUAAGUUGUUUACAACACUAUUUAUUUCAAGGAUUUUAAAUUUCUGCAAACAACUCUUGACAAGAUAAAACGAUAACAACAUAUUUUCAGAUAUUAAUAUAUUAAAAGUCGAAAACAGAGCAGUUUUUAGUUUUUAGUGCAAAGUUGCUUUGCACUAUUGUUAUGAGAAAAAUUCAAUCCAGUGACCGAUCAAUGGAUCGAUCUAUCGAUCGAUCAAUCGAGUAAACAAUCCGACCGGGGGACCUUGCAAAUGAUUUUCUAUUAGGUUUUCUAGAGCUUCGCGACGUUCGGCCAACCAGUAAUCGUUUAUAGCUGUUUAUACAGUAGAUUAUAACAAUCUAUAUUUAUAUUCAUGAUGGUACAUGUUCUUACUUAUUUUAUCCAACAUUUAGAGAAGUUAUAACCAAAUUACUGUUACAUUUCAAGCACUUGUUAUUAUAUGAUUUGCCCCCCUGCAACGUAAAACAAAUGAAUUUAAAAUACACGUGCUCUCAUAUAAUAUCAUUUUACAGUGGCGGGCAUGGACGAGCGGUGUCUAUUGAGCGGCGGUGUGAAAUCGUGUAGAGUCUGUAGACUAGAGUGUGUUUAUACAACUGAGGUUGACAGUAUUAUGAGAAAAUCUUUGAGAUUCUACCCUACACCACUGAAUAGAUGGCUAUACUCAGACACUCAGUGCACUGAAACUACAGAGUAUAGAAGCCUGUAGUAAGUAAUACUCUGUGCUGAAUUGCUGAAACCACACGGACAGCACGUGCGUGGCUCACGUUGCGUGUUUGGCUCUCUAAAUAUAGAAAUGAUUAUAGGGUUCAGAGGACAUGCUGGAAAAGGCGGAGUGCAUGGAGUACGGAGUCUUUCAAAACAGUUUAUUUUUCCUAGAUUUUUUUUUAAUGAGAUUCCGCGUUUUCCACUUUCUGCCCCCAUACACUUGCAGUGUCUUUCUCAAUUCGAAACUUUGCACUAUCCUUGGAUCUCUAGUUGGAGCAUCGUAGUCGUCAUACUAUGAGAUCAGUGAGCGUUCCGUACUGCAGGUCACUGCCCGCUCAGGAACCAUCAGAUGGAACGCCUUGCCAUAUGAUAGAGUGAAAUAUUGAUUUCACUAGUAUUUUAGUAUCUAGUAAAAGACGCUCGUUCAUCUAAUAAUAUAUAGUGUUUUUUCUGUGUUGGUGUUGUGUGUCUUGUGUACUCAGGUGAAUGUGACGUUUGUGAUGUUACUCUGAGUGUAUAUCCACACCGGGCGAGCUUGAAAAAUAUGCCCGGCCACGGUGAGAAUCGAACUUACGACCUUUGGAAUACUAGCCCAAUGCUCUGCCAACUGAGCUACGCGGUCAGGUCGGUUCGAGUAAGUGAUAUUUUGGAACAGAAUCUAGUUCCUUCGAUACCAAUGUAAUCUAGUAAUAUGAUUUUUUCUGUGUUGGUGUUGUGUACUCAGAUGAAUAUGAUGUUUGUGAUGUUACUUUCGAUUCCCAUCGUGGCCGGGCAUAUUUUUCAAGCUCGCCCGGUGUGGAUAUACACUCAGAGUAACAUCACAAACAUAAUAUAUAUUGUGUUAACGAGAGGGUUCAAUUGUGUAGUUACAGAAUUCAGUUUCUUUGUACUACAUCCAGGUCGAUGGUGGAUAGUUGGUUCUGCGUGGAGUCAAAGAGAGAAAAAGGCGUCAUCGGGGGAAGAUUAUACCGUGACGUCAUGCGACAGUGAUAUCAUGGAACUAUCACGACGACAAAGAAUGAAUACAGAUGUCCGAAGAAAUAUAUUUUGUACAGUCAUGACAAGCGAGGUACAAUACACCCUUCUAGAAAGUAUUUAUAGCCAUGGUUAUAUGUUAUAUAAAGCCUCGUCUCCGUUUUUGAGACAUUGACUUAAAAGCCCUUUAUCCUGUUACUGAUUACGAAAUUAUAAACAGGUCUUUCAUAUAUUCACUGAUAUAAUUCUAUAAUUUCGUAAAUGUGUCAUCUGUAACAAGAUAAAGGGCUUUCAACCAUGGAAACCAGGCUCCAUAACCAAGAGUGGUAUAAUAAGCCAGACGUAAUACGAAAGCUGCGGAUUGAUAGGGACACGACUAUUUGUACCUGAAAAGUAUACUAGCAGAACUUCGACGUUUCGAAGCAAACAUUUAAUAUAUUGUUUAUAUAUUGGCUUUUAUAAUAGUCGGAGAGCUCAUUUACAUAAGGUGCGUUGACAGCCAUUUCGACGUUUCGUCGGGACGGAAGGCCUUCGCUUGAAACUUCGAAUUUCUGUUUUUGAAAAAAUAUCAGUAUAUACUGUAUAUUUUAGGACUACGUCGAUGCUUUUGAAAAGCUAAUGCGGUUGAAACUCAAAGACAAACAGUCAAGAGAAAUUAUUCAUGUUUUGCUGGACUGCAGUCUGCAGGUAUUUGGAACUGGAUUUGAUUUUCCAUUAUCAAUAAGAGAAAGUUUUCUUUAAUUUUAUUCCUACCUUAAAUUAUAACAUGCUUAAGCGAUUAUAUUCAUUUGUGGGAGAGGGGUCCAGUACCAAAACUACUUGGGUGAAUACAUUACGGGCAGCCUAAACUGGUCCAAGCAGUGCGAGGAAGUCAAGAAGAAAGCGAAUAAGAUUCUUGUCGUCUUGCGACAGAGAAAUAAAAAAGCGCGUCCUCGAGAGUGUCUGCCUAAGUCCAGUGAGGUCUGUGCAGUUAGAGUAUUCCACGACGGCUUGUUGUACAAUGGCUGGCCGCCCGUUUUGUUUAUAUUGACUGUAGGCACACAAGUUGUGUGACAGUCUAUAGGUUGGCCAACGUAGCGACCGUGUCUGGCUUGACUUGAGGGAUUUAGAGAUGUUUUAUAAGAUUUAAUUUGUUCUAGUCAAUAUGUUCUUCUCUUAUGAGCAGUGAAGGGAUGCUCAGAACGUAGCAAGAGUAGGCCGGCGCGGUGUAUGUCGGUAAAUGUGUAUAGAUGCUCUUCUUUGUCAGAUCUAUACCAGCAUGCAUGGAACUCUUUGCCUGCUGGAGUGGUCAAGGCAGAAUUUCUAUCCCCUUCAGAACCAGAGCAAUUGCCUCUCUAAGCUGCACCGCCAAUUGCCAAAUACACCCUUCCGGAAAGAACGUCGCUUCGGCCACUAGAGCCUCGUUUUCGUCAUUGAUACGUGGAUACGUUUAACUGAUAUACACGAAAACGAGGUUACAGUGUACAAAUGAUGUACUUUCCUGAAGGGUGUAUUUGCUCGAAUUAAUUUUAAAGACGUGACAGUCUUGUCCAUUUUGUCGUCAUAACAAGUUAUAUUUUAUCCACAGGAGAAGUCUUAUAAUCCUUUCUAUUCCUAUCUUAUUCAAAAGUUUUGUGAAUUUAGUCGCAGUUUUCAGGUGAGAUUCUUUAUCGCCAUUGGCUUGCAUGCUCAAGCAAUAACUUACCAAAAGUUAUAGUUUAAGGUAGAAAUUGAUUUUGAUAUAAUACUGCUAAAGACUAAUAUGUGCAAUGGUCGACAGGAUUUCUUUUGCAUUCUCGUAUUCUCAUUUUAUUGGUUCUCACUAUAGUGACCAUAUUUUACCAGGUAACUGUACAGUACUCGUUGUGGGACCGCUUCAAAAUGGCCACAACUUUAACUCAUCAAAACCUUUCCAAUAUGGCGCAUCUACUUGUUCAUCUUUUGGUUACCAAAUCUCUGUCGUUGUCUGUUUUGAAGGCAAGUAUUCUUAAUCAUUUGUGCAGGGUACUUUACUCUUGUUUUAAAUUACGGUACUUCAACUAUUACAAUACUACUUACGAUACUACUUACGUUAUUUAUAACGACAUUAUAUUAUUUAGAUUAUGUAUAACGACCUUGUAUUAUUAUUAUUGCUUCAUGUAUGUAGGUUGUAGAUUUCACGUCUUUGGACAAGAAACUUGUUCAGUUCUUCACAGAAAUGCUCACACAUAUUUUACUGGACUAUCCUGAAUCUACAACAAGGUACAGUAACAACUAUAGUACUAUAUAUACUUUUAAUUUUACAUUACUCUAGAUUAAGACACUAUGAAAUUUAUAAAAAAAUGUUGUGUGUGACGAGUGAAAGAGUGAAAUAAAAAAUAGGGCGCGUUAAUUAGGGCACAAUGCAACUUAAUGGGUUAAAUCGAAGCAGCGACAACAUAUUUGAUAUUUUGAAACUUCAUUCAAAUUGCCCAAAUGGUUUAUAAAUGUUUCAUUUUACAUCAUCUUACCUUUUUAUUCACUCUUAAUUGCUUAGGGAGGUAUUUUCAAGAAUUGCUCCACUCACAAAAUUGGAUACAUUGAAAGAAAGUUUAAAGUUAUUUAUGAAACAUUUCAUGAGACCAAAAAAGUUAAAUUCUUCACCAGAAAUAAAGAACAAGGUUGGAAAAGUAGAUAAAACAAUGAAAUUGGAAGAACGUAUUAAUACUGCAGUUGAAGCUUUGUCAGGUAGCUGACAAUUGUAAUAACGUAAGUCUUGUAGAAUCACAUUCGUCCCACAGUUACUGUACGGGUGCACCGAAACCAGAUUAAGAACAGAUGUGUAACUUCUGUAAAAAAGUUGUUCCACGGUCGGCGGCGCGGUCGCCAUCUUCCUAGCAAGUGUCUCUCGCGUGAUAAUUGGUAAUACGUCUUGCUUUCAAAAAUGCUUUCAACACCUUUUCAACAACUUUAAUUGCUUUCAACAACUUUAAACAUUCAACAUUGAUUGUUUAAUAAAAAAAUCUCGAUCCAAAAAAGGCCGCAAUAAAGUGCAAAAGUUCGUGUUUUUCAGGACGCCAUUUGCUAGCAAGUGUUAUGCAUCCUAUAUCUAUGGUGUCAUGGCGUGAUAUAUAGGGAAAUUUGAGGACAAGAAGUCUUAUUGAGUUACACAUCUGGUCAUACUUAAUCUGUGCCAAUAUUUUAAGUUUUGCCAGUGAAAUAAAUAUAUCUGGAACGCUACUUUCAGAUAAACUGCCUAUCUUUUUCUUGAAGCCAAAUCUGAUUCUCCAGAUACGCGUGUUUAUGCCUCGCGAUUCUUUCGCGUAAAAAAUAUUAGAAAAAAAAAAAAUAAAAAAAAAAAAUAAAGUCUACUAAGAAGUUUUACCUGAAUAAACGCAUUAAUCGAAAGCUUUGAGCGCUGUUAAAAAGCCAUUAUUGUAAAUUUGAAGCCGGUUUUCGGUACAUAUUCAUGUUGACGGAUUGACCGCGCUCUUCGCAUGUGUGAAAAGACUGGGACUUGGCCUACAAGUUUGGCUUCAAAUUUCCGGUUGGAGGUAGCGUUCCAGUUAUAUUCAUUUUACUGGUUCUGACUGGAUCUGGAAAAAAUUCUGGUCUGAAAUUUCGGUCGGAAUCGGAACAGAGAUUAUUUAAUUUAUUCUAUUCAUUUUGAAAUUAAUGGUGUUUCCUGCAAGUUUCACAGGAGUGCGAUUUCAGCACGAAUCGCACUCCUAGCAGUGCGAUUCGUGCUGAAAUCGCACCUUCUUUCAACCAGUCACAUUUGAGUGCUGACUUCAACCAACCAAUCAUAUUAAUUAAUCAUAGGAUUCAAACAGCCAAUCAAUUUUAAGAAAAAUGUGAUAUGGCAAAUGAGCAAAAACAAAAAUUUACAUAUGUCAUGAUUACCCUUGAGUGCCUAAGCAAUUUUUGGCACAUAUACCGGGUGUCCCAAAAAAAGUACUCCUGUUUGAUUUAUAAUAACUUCUAAACAAGUAUCAAACAGAAAUGACUUGCAUUAAAUAGAGGAAGGACUAACUUAGAUUUUGAUAUAUUACAAGUUGUAUUUUACUUAAAAAUUCACGGAGUUAUUAAUGUUCAAAAUCGGGAGCAUAUUUUGGGAUGUGUCUAAAUUAGCGAAAAUCGGCAUGUCAAAUAUUAACUCCAGCGUUUGUUUGCUUAAUGACAUAUCAGGCUAACUUGUACUUCAGCGAAUUGUCGUUAGGGUUUGUAAGGGAUAUGGUGUAGAUUUAGACAUCUUACAUGUAAGUCUUAGCUCAUUGUUUCCUGAAAUAUGAACGUUCGAAAUUAUGCAAGUAUAGGUCUUUACAAUCUUAAAGGUACAUGAAAGACCAUGCAAGACAGGCGCUUACAUUUUUCUUAAAUAGCCUAAUUUUUUUAUGUUUUUCAUGGGUUCAAAACAGAGAUGAUUAUUUCUCGGUUAGAGCAGUAUGAAUAUUAUUCUUUAAUGAAGGAAAUAAUAUUGCUUUUUGCAAAUACACAUGACAGGAUCAACGCUACUAUUUUGUUACGUUUUGUUCCAAAAAUGUUGGAUGUCUCUGGGGAGUUGCUUGUUAUGUCUUGUGGAGUUGUAUGGUUUGAUUGUGUUUCAUUUUCAGUUUAUUCUGAACUUAACAAGAUUAAGAAAAGGCAAAAGAGUUUGAGUGUUCUUAACAAGAUUUCAGAACGUUGCAGAAGUUAGAAGAGCUUCACAAUUCCAUUGUGACAGCAUGCCCUAAUUCAGAACUACGAACGAUCCUGGGCGAUACAGUGGUCUCAUGAAAUAAGGAAACGUAUUCGUCCUAGGAACACACGCGGAUUUCGGACGAAUAAAUCUUGCUUGUAUUUUGUAGAUAAUAAUACUUUGUUUCAUAAUAAACAAUUUGUCAAGUGUCAGUUAUUUACUGGUAAUAGUGCAUGUUUCAGUCGAGCAAAUCUUGAUUAAUAUUUGAUACGCCGUUUUUUGCAUAUUUCAGACACAUCCAGAAAUAUACUUCCGAUUUUAAACAUUAAUAUCUCCGUGAAUUUUUAAGUGAAAUACAACUGUAAUAUAUCAAAAUCUAAGUUAGUCUUUUCUCUAUUUGAUGCAAGUUAUUUCUCUUUAAAAGCUUUACUUGUUUAGAAGUUAUUACGAAUCAAACCGGAGUACUUUUUUGGGGACACCCGGUAUAUAAACAAAAAAAUAUGGAUAGCUAUAUAUACAGUAAACUAUCAAAGAAUUGCAAAGAAUUUGAAAUUUUUUGAAAUUUCUCAAAUAGCAAACAGGCAAAAACGCCAACAAAAGCAAAUUUUAUAAAGCGUCAGGGGGAAAAAAAGCUCAAAACAAAGUGUCAAAGGUAAAUUCGCCUGUAGUAUUUCCAAUUUUAAACGCACAAAGCUGCACCAAAUCUCUUUCAAAUCACUCGUAAAACCUACAAUAUGUUUAAACUCACUUGUUUUGUCUCUUAUUCUUAAUAAAUGUCUUCAUUUCUUUAACAUUUUAACCAUUUUUGCAGCAAAACUAUAGUAACUAUUGUUCAUCUUGUUCGCUUAUUGUUGCUAUGCUACAGUACUCAGGGAGGUAUCGGAGGUGUGUAGUACUCAGGGAGGUACCGGAGGUACUACAGUACUCUGGGAGGUACCAGAGAUUUAAUUAAGAUUUCAAAAUGAAUAUAAUAAAGUGGAAAUUGAACUUCGUGUUGUGCAAUUUUGGACUGAAAUCAAACUUGUGAUUACAUAUCGCACUCCCGCUUCGCGGUCGUGCAAUUUUCUAAUCACGCGUUUGAUUUCAGUCCAAAUUGCACUCCACUCAGUUCAAUUACCAUUAUUAACCGUUUAUGAUUUACGUUACUUUGUCUGUCAACCUUAAAAAGUGCGUAAUAUAGGUCUUGAACGAUCAGUGCCAGUGUAGGUAAUGCCAAUAAUAAGGAAACUUCGGAUUGAUAGAGAUACAAGUACCUGACAGAUACAAGGAGAACUUUCAGAGCGAAGACCCUUCGUCGAGAAGUUAGUAGUGGGAGUCAGGAAACUGGUAUAAAAGCUCAUGUAAUUUUCUCGCGCCCGAAGUUUUCCGAUGCUAGUAUGUGUACACAAUCGAUGUCCAUCGGCAAAUGAACUUUGUAUUCUUUUUUCCUAAUGAAGACAUUUUUCCUAAUGAAGACAUUUUUCCUAAUGAAGACAUUUUUCCUAAGGCCAAAAAAAAAAUAUGUGGGUUUCCGGUUUCUUCUUAUAAAAACUUAGGUAGGGUAGGUCGGUUUUAACUUUUUUUUUUAAACUUUUUUUUUAAUUUUCCGAACAACCGGACGCCAUUUUGUUUAGUCGGUGCUUCCACAUCCAAAGAUAAAUUUCCCUAAUAUUGCCUCAAAUUUCAAUUUUCCACAAACUUUUUCCUCUAAGUGGAAACACUUACAAGCGUGAUCCAAUAAAAAAGUUUAGGGUCGGGAUUUCGACGUCCAAAAGCUAGGUAAGGUCGGGAAACCGGAAACCCACAUAUUUUUUUUUUGGCCUAAUGAAGACAUUUUUCCUAAUGAAGACAUUUUUCCUAAUGAAGACAUUUUUCCUAAUGUUUUUUUCGUCAGUUCCGAUCGGAACCAGAACCCUAAAAAUUAGCGUUUUGGCCUGAACCGAGUUCCGGCGCACUCAUAUACCCACGGGAAAACAUUUUAGUCAAUUCAAUGUACGCGUCUACGAAUCGGCGAUAAUUGUUUUUUGAAAAUGUACCGGUUCGACCUGGGUGAGGUUGAACCCUUUCCUGGAAUACAGAAGGUCAUUAGGCUAAAACGGCAAAAACGUUAUGGCGUGUUCGUUAAAUAAACAUGGAUAUCUAACUUUAGCUGAUAUUUAAUGAAUAAUCAUGCAAUGAAAAACUAAACAUGUAUUACCAACUAUACAAUUUAAAGAAUCACAGUCAACCAAGAUGCAUUGCGCGCUAAAAUGUUUUCAUUGUUUUGUAUUCCGCCAUUUUGUUAGCCACUUUAGUGACAAAAGAUUGACAUCCGAAGCGUAUCCUUAUCAAUCUGCAUUAUUCUUAGACACUGUCAUAUUUUCUAUACUUGUAACAUGUUAAUAGAUCAUUGAUUGAUAUUUUGGCGUGUGUGUUUAUCUUAAUGAUUUUAGAAAGUUUUAUCAUUUUAUAAAGUAGUGGCUAAUCAUGGCUUCUGUAUUUCCCGUUCGUGGAAGACCAACAAGUGAGGGUAUAUCAAAAAGAAUAUCGUUGACAAGUCCAACGAUACUUGAACAACCGUCCUUUGGACGGAAAGGAAAGAAAGCCAUGGAAUACGGGGACUUUCGCAUUGCGAGUUCGCCGAAAUCCUGCUCCAUCAAAGCAAGGACGAACUGCGUGAACGUAGUCGUAGUAGGCGAUGGGGCAGGAAUUAGGAUUUCAUCAAAACACCAGGGGGUAAAUGUAUUAAAGUUUUUUUUUCACUAUUUUUUGCUCCCCGUAUUUGUAAACAUUCAUAUAGCACGCAAUGCAUCUUGGUUGACUGUGAUUCUUUAACAAUUAUAUUGAGAAUUCUACAGUAACAUACAUGUAGUGAACACUGUACUGAUAAUUAGACACCUCGGCUACGCCUCGUGUUUUACAUGCUUGUCUCGUCUCACAACAACAAAGAUUUAUUUGUACCCAAUUUUUUGAAUUGUAUGAGAAAAAAUAUUUAAGAAGAGUACCUGCUACCUGUAAUAACCAUAAUGGCUAAUACGAUCAGGCAGCAGAAACAAGUCAGGCUGGGUUCACGAAUUUAUAAAUUACUUAAGAAGAAAAAAACUCGAAAAAACCAACAAAAAAUCCACUCAAUGUUUAAAAGAAAUAUUAGGAAGAGAGGCAAACAAUGUGUCAUUCUGAGUAUAAAAAACUAAUAUACGUCGAUGAAGUCAAUUUUCAAUUUUUUUUUGAAGGCUGAGGGAGAAAGGUAUUUUAAGUUUUCAUCUAUAUCGUUCCACACCUUUACACCUUGAAAUCGAAUGUUAAAUUUUCCAUAAUUAGUCCUUACCCCUGGAAUUGAGUAAGAAAUCUUACUUGAAAGUCUGGUAUUAUAGUUGUCAACUUCGUUAACACGAACAAAAAUUUUUCAAAUGUGAUCGGAAGUAAAUUACUAUGAUAUUUAUGCAUAAAUAUUGCCAUAAAAAAACAACAAGAUCAUGAAAUUUUAUUUAAAAAGUUUGUUUAAAAAGAGGGCUAGAGUGUUCAUCGAAUUUGGAAAAUGUCAUAAUUCUGAGCGCUCUUUUUUGCAAUAAAUAGAGAGGAUUAAGGGUAGAAUUACAAGUACUACCCCAUACAAACCAUAUAUUCAAAAUGGAUGUACAAGAGAAUAAUAAAGAUUAAUAAGAGUAUUAAUAUUAGCAUAAUAACGUAUUUUAGAUAAGAUACCAAUGCU